AUGGGGGAUUUGCCUUCUCCUCGCAUGCAACCGUCGUCACCGUUUACGCAUACGGGUGUGGACUACGUUGGUCCUUUUUUUAUUACGCCUUUCGUUGGAAGAGGACAAAAGACACGAAAAGGUUAUUACGUGGUUCUAUUCGUUUGUCUCGUUAUCAAGGCGAUCCACGUGGAGCUAGUGGAGGAUUGCUUCAGUGCUGGAUUUCUUGCGUCCUUUCGGCGAUUCACGAGCCGACGAGGCUUACCGUGUAAGUUAUACUCUAACGGAACUAACUUUCACGGCGCUAAAAAGGAAUUAAACAGCGAAUUUGAGGCGCUCAUGAAAGAUUCGUCUCUACACGACGUUCUUGCUAACGAUAAAAUUGAGUGGCAUUUUAUCCCGUCCGCAGCUCCUCAUUUCGAAGGACUUUGGGAGGCGGGCGUGAAAAACCUCAAAUCGCAUCUAAAGCGGAUAGCCGGUUCGCGUACCCUGUCGCAGGCUGAAUUCGCUACGCUCCUAUGCCAGAUAGAGGCAUGUUUGAACUCCCGACCGAUUGCGGCUCUUAGCGACGACCCGAGCGAUCUGUCCGCGUUCACUCCGAGUCAUUUUUUAAUAGGCCGACCGAUCGUUGCGGCUCUUAGCGACGACCCGAGCGAUCUGUCCGCGUUCACUCCGGGUCAUUUUUUAAUAGGCCGACCGAUCGUUGCGAUACCGGAGGAAUCAAUACUCGCGAUAAAUACGAAUCGACUUUCGAGAUGGCAGUUCGUUCAUUCGAUGGUGGAACAACUCUGGCGUGCUUGGUCGCAAGACUACUUACAUUCGCUGCAACAGCGAUAUAAGUGGUCAGAAAGAUCGCCUUGUUUUCGCGUUGGCGAGCUCACGUUGUUAAAAAAUCCUUUGCUCCCUCCGAGCAAAUGGGAACUCGCGCGAGUCACUCGGGUCCAUCCCGGAUCCGACGGACUCGUUCGAGUAGUUACCGUGAGAAUCGCGUUGUUCAAUAUUGAAACGACCAAUCACGCUACUGUGUAG